AUGUAAUCAAUUUUAGUUACAGGAGGUUUGGGUUAUAUAGGAUCAAUCACGAUAACUGAAUUGUAUAAAGCCAUUGGGAAACAAUACAAAAUAAUCAUUUUGGAUAAUUUGAGUAAUAGCAACAUUUAAGUUUUGGAUACUAUUACAAGUAUAAUAGGCGAGAAGUUAGAUUUGCACAUUGUAGACAUUCAGAAUUAUAAUGAACUGAAUGAAGUCUUUAAGAAAUACAAAGAGACAAAUCCAAUAAAUUAUAUUAUACACUUUGCAGCAUUAAAGGCUGUCGGGGAAUCCGUUGAAAACCCUAUAAAAUAUUAUCAAAAUAAUGUUGUAGGCACUUUGAAUCUAUUAAAUUGUGCUGAAGAACAUAAAUGCUAGAAUUUUUUAUUCAGCUCUUCAGCUACAGUUUAUGCUCCUGGUGAAUUUGUAGAUGAGGAGGCUCCAUUUAAACCUUCAAAUCCAUAUGGCGAAACAAAAGUGGUUAUUGAGUAUUUGAUUAGAUCAUUAUCAAAGAAAGGUGGUAGAUAUCUUUGUUUACGAUAUUUUAAUCCAGUUGGAGCAACCAAAGAUGGUAAGCUUGGAGAGAUGCCCAACAAACCCAAUAACUUAUUCCCAUAUAUAGAAUAAGUAGCUAUAGGGAAUCUUCAAUAAUUAUAUGUUUUUGGAAAUGAUUAUAAUACCCAUGAUGGUACAGGCAUAAGAGAUUAUAUCCACAUCUUAGAUUUAGCAGAGGCUCAUGUAGUUGCAUUGUAAGAGUUGAUAAAAAAAGAUGAAAAGAAGGAAAACUAUUAUGAUUAUUUUAAUAUAGGAACAGGAAAAGGAUUUAGUGUGUUAGAUAUUGUUAAUGAAUAUUCAAAACUAGUGCCUAUCAAAUAUCAAAUUACAGAUAAGAGAGUGGGAGAUGUUGCCAUAUUGAAAAAUUAGGAUGGAUAGCUAAGAGAGGAUUGA